AUGAACCCAGUUAUUACGAUAUUACGAGGCAUCUCUUUAGAAAACGAUUUAAGAAGAUUACUAGAAGAAGAAAUCUUUUUUGAUACAAUCAUAAAGUGUUCUGAUAAUAACACUUUAGGAGCCAAUAAAAUUAUCUUGGCAGUUCGUUCUAAUGUAUUCUAUGACAUCAUUACCAAUCAAAUCAAUAACCAAACAUUUACUAAUUUAGAAUUUAAUAACAUUAAUUCAACGGCGAUGAGAAUUGUUUUAGAAUAUUUAUACACGUCAACAAUACUUGAAGGGAUUUUAGAUAAUGUUGAAAACCUUAUUGAGUUAUUUUACGCGGCAAAUUAUUUCGAAUUAACUGCGUUACGAACGAAAAUUUGUGACGCCACCAAAGUCCUUAUAGAAUUCAAUGAUGAAGGAUUGGCCAAAAAACUUUUAUCACAAUUUGUUGUAAAAUUUCCAUCUUUGGAAACCCAGAAUGAAAUGUCUCAAUUAUUAAUCGAAUCGGUAGCAAAAAUUCAUUUAGAUCCUUACCUAGAAUAUGAUCCUUUAUCAUUAAUGGGACUGAGAUAUCUAUUAUGCAAAACUUUAAGUGCCGAAAUACCUUUUGCUACUCAUGAGAUCGAUUUAUUUAGAUAUGUUACAACUAAGGGUGAUCCAUCAAAGAAUGACGACAAGAAUUCUCUUUUGUUAUCAUUAAUUCCCUAUAUCGAUUUACGGAGAAUUGAACCGGAUACAGUUUUAAAGCAUAUUGAACCAUUAAAUUUAUUUCCACAGGAUAGGAUUAAUGAUAGAUACCGACUCAUGGCACAAGAAUAUGAAAUAAACCUAAGAUCUAUUCGUGGGAUUCCAAUAUUUAGAUGGAAGGGAAUGAAUAUUACAAAGGAUGGAUUUACUUUAGAAGCUCGUAAGGAUUUUGAAAAGUAUGCGCACGCGACGACAAAUUUGAACAUUAAAGGUAAAGGAAUAUAUAAAUGGAGUUUUUCAAUUGAAACUUUAAAUAAGACAUGUUAUAUAGGAAUAUGUGAAAAUGUUCAAUUACGUGAAACCGAUGAUUACUGUGGUAUGGUUCUUGGAUCCAAUGGUUAUGUUUAUCAUGAAAAAACUUCUAAAUGGUAUAACGCAAAAUUUAAAGAAAAUGAUGUCGUUACCGUUAAUUUAAAUAUGACUGAGAAAACCUGCGAAUUUUUAAUUAAUGGCUCAACUACCGGUGUUAUUGCCGAAUGGAGAAUUCCUCCUGUAGUUUAUCCAUGUGUCUCGUUAAAAAAAGGCACCAAGGAAUUGCUUACCACUUCUGAAAAUACGGUAUCUCCAAGUUCAAAUUCGUCAUAA